CCCGUAUUCAUGGGAAACAUUUGUUGAGCAACAAAGUUGAAUCAACGUGUUGCGGAGUUGCUGUCAACAUGUUGCUGGCAACACUGCGUGUUGCAGAGUUGACAGCAUCAUGUUGACAAGCUCUCGCCCGACAAGCGUAAACAUCAGUUUAGCGACAAUUGUUGACGUGUGUGGACGAGUUUGCAACAGUUUAUAAACAUGGCAGUAGUGUGGAGCAAUGAUAAAAUAAUGCAAUUAAUAGAAUUAUUUCAAUCAAAACCAUUAUUAUGGGAUUGUUCUAUAAAACAAUACAAAGAUAGAAACAAAAAGAACGAUGCAUUCGAAGAAAUUUCUCAAGUCCUAAAUAUACCCAAAAAAGACGUAGAAACUAAAAUACAUGUACUGCGUACUCAAUUUACUAGAGAGAAAAAAAAGAUGUCGGCAAAAAAAACUACAGGCAGCGGCGCAAUAGAAAAAUGUAAAUGGAUUUAUUACGAGCCAUUGGAAUUUUUGUUAUGUGGUGCAACUACUUCUGGUGAAACGGAUACUAUGAAUAAAACAGUAGAUGAAAACAAUGCACUUGAAAGUGGUAUGGAGUCAGAGCCAUCUCAAUCACCAAGGCCGAAUGCUACAACAUCUACAUCUUCGAGGAAAAGAAAUAAGACAGAUGAAUCAAAUGAAAUAUUAGAGGUUUUGAAAAGUGCUAAAAAAAAGAUGGAUGAAAGGGAGAAGAAGGAUCCAUUUGAUAUAUAUGGUGAAUAUAUUGCUGCUGAAUUAAGAAGUGUUAAAGAUGACCAAGCCGUGACACAGGCAAAGUACCAUAUUAAUAAUAUACUGUAUGAAUUAAAAAUGGGACGAUAUAAUACAUAUGGAUAUCAAACGGCAUCUUCUCAUCCAUCAUCAACACCAAAUAAUGUUCAGGAAACUGAAAUAAGGGAAAUUGAGAGACACGAAACAAAUAGACUAGAUGCAUUACGAGACGAAACAGAAGAUUCGGCUAUACUAAACUUAGUUAACUAUCUCAGUGAUGAAUCAACGCAAUAGCAUACACUGUUUUUUUUUUGUGUUUUUUAAUUAAUAAAAUACUUGAUUACACAAAUAGUGUUCUUGUACCUUGACAUAUCCUGCUAGUGAGUUAAUUAGUU